GGAGGAGGUGUGGAUGACUCUAGAAGACGUACUGAGGCGAGCACUGAGCAGCCCCAAAAGCUACCCUCAAAUUGAAUGCAUUGUAUAAUAAAGAAAGAAUAAUUUGAGUAAAAUGGCAUUUCUGAGGUCAGUAGUAACAACUGCAACAGCUGUAGCUGCCAUCCCUGCAGCUUUCGCCUUCUCUUCUCUUUCAUCAUCAUCAUCAUCUUCUUCUUCUUUCCCUCGCUCUUCACAAUCCCCCAAUCCCUCUAACAGGUUGUGCCUUGUCAAAACAUUUGCUACCCCUCCCUCUGCUAUCCACAUGGACACCAAUCUCUCUUCUCAGCCCAACACUGUCUUGCCCGAGUUAUUGACGGAAUACAUGGUGGAUAUGAAAUGUGAAGGUUGUGUUAAUGCGGUCAAAAAUAAGUUGAACGAGAUUAAAGGAGUUAAGAACGUAGAGGUGGACUUGGGCAAUCAGGUUGUAAGGAUUCUUGGAUCAACGCCGGUGAAGAUUAUGACUGAAGCUUUGGAGCAGACUGGUAGAAAAGCCCGAUUAAUUGGACAAGGAGUGCCUGAAGACUUUUUAAUAUCUGCUGCUGUUUCUGAAUUCAAAGGUCCAGAUAUUUUUGGUGUUGUUCGCCUGGCCCAAGUGAAUAUGGAAUUGGCUAGGAUCGAAGCCAGCUUCAGCGGGUUGUCGCCAGGAAAGCAUGGUUGGUCUAUUAAUGAGUUUGGAGAUCUGACUAGAGGUGCAGCAAGCACUGGCAAAACGUUCAAUCCAAUAAAUGAGGAAAACAGUAAAGAGCCACUUGGCGACCUGGGAACACUGGAUGCUAACGAAAAGGGUGAGGCAUUGUACACUGGGGUCAAAGAAAAGCUGAGGGUGGCUGAUCUUAUCGGACGAUCUGUGGUGAUAUAUGCAACUGAGGAUAAAUCAAAACCCGGUAUAGCUGCUGCUGUGGUUGCCAGAAGUGCGGGAGUGGGGGAGAACUAUAAAAGACUCUGUACCUGCGAUGGCACCACCAUAUGGGAGGCAAGUGAUAGAGAUUUUGUUACUAGCAAGGUCUGAUGAAGAAGUUCCCUUUAAACAAAGCAUUGUAAUUUGGUUACCUUGUAACCCAUCAGUACUUCAUAUUUUGAGGACUAUACACCCUUUGGAAAGCAAUUCACCAAGUCUGUCAUUAACAUUAAAUUUCUUUUCUUUAGUUAUAAACUUUUUGUGGUUAAGAUGGUUGUUAAUUUUGUAAGAACUCCUCCCCACUCACACACGUACAAUAAGCCAAGGAAUCAUUAAAUUUACGUAGUUUAAUAAAUUGUUAAAGAGUUUU